AUGUUCACCUCGUUGGCCAUUCUUAAGCGUUACAUUUACUUCUGUGGUAUCGAAUCUCAUCGAGACCCUGAGAGCAAAAUACGACUGGAACGAGAUUCAACAACGCCUGAAUGGUCAAAACGCCAACACACGAUUUCAAAAUUGGAAGUUGCUUAUGAAGAAUUUGCAAGAAUACUACCUGGUGCAGCUGUGGUUGAAAUGGAGAAGGCGGUACUCUUGCUUCUGUUAGCCGCCAUCAAGUGUGAGCACAGGGAGUAUUUUAUUCGUCAGAUCAUGGAAGAAUUGAAUGCUGACGUUCAGAGGGGCAUAAUGCAGAGUAUAACCUACUUCACGGAUGGUCACGACGGCGUGCAAAGUCUUGCCGGUAUCCAUGAUCUGAACCCAGAACUUGAAUUAACCGUGACCCGGGCCAUCUCCAACAGGGAAGAACUGUAUUUUCGUUUGGCCGAAGAGGUAAUACUUAGGAUCUGUGAUCGUCACCCAGACUGGACGCCCACCAAGGGCCGCUAUUCCGAUGGAGAAGGACCAACCAGUUCCCCUAAGGAGAAGAACGGUGCAAAGCGCAGCCAUUCUAUGGCCUCAUUACUGGACCUCCUUGGCGGCUCCUUCAAGGGCACUUGUCCUAGCUCCGAUGCCGGUGUCUCUGAUCCUGACACCGGUGGCCGCAUCAGACACCAAAGUGGCUCCAACCUGGCAAUAAGAGAAGAGGAUACACAAGGUGAUGGAAAGAAAUCUGCAGCAGCGGUCGUGGAGGCGAGUGAUGAGGACAAAGGGCAACAUCUAAUAGACUUGAUGGAAGGCGGCAGUUUAGAUCGAUUCUUGGCUUCCGUGCACAACUCGGAACAGACGGACGAGUUGGCGGAAUUGCAUGAACAGUUAUGUGAAAGCCAACGAGAGCUGAGUCAACUGCGAGACGAGCGGGCCCGUCUGGCCGAUGCAGCAAUUCGUUGUCAGGAGCUCGGUGAAGAGAUAACGGUUCUUACCGAAGAAUGCGAGAAUCUGAAGUUGCAAGUAUCAAAAGAGAAUGAAGAGGGCACCAAACUACGUCUCCUUGAAGAAAAACUGCUGGAGAAGUCGAAAAGAAUCUUGGAUCUUGAAUGGCAACAUGACAAGGAUCUGGAGGAAAUUCAGUGGAUGCGAAAUGAACUCACUGAUUUGCAACUGAAGACGAUUUCAUCUGCCCGACUGCAGCAAAUGUCUCCGCAGAGUGGUGAGGGCAAUGAUGAAAUUAGUGAGAUUAAUGAACAACUAAAUCUUUUACUGCCCGACCAACCAGCCGAGGCCGGCCCGUUUUCGAUCGAUCUCCCAACUCCUCCACCACCGUCUGCAAUCGAAGGAGACAGUCAAAUCACUCAGGUUGGCAUUACCUCACGUCUGCGUAGUUUAAAUAUGUUGGGAAUAGAUCUGGUUAUCGACUUUGAAUCCUAUGAGAGACGACUGAACGCUAUUGAAAAGCAACUAUUUCAGUCCUUAAGAUUAUCAGAUCAGUUUGCAGGACGAAAUCUCGUUAAUGCGGAGGAACAGAAGAAUUCCGGGCUCUCAAAUCAGGAAGUCUCCUGUGAGGGGAACCGGAAGCUAACUGAAACCUUAGACAAUGUUAUGUGUCAUCUGGAGAAGCUGGCGAUGGACAUUGCAAAGACCUCAAACGCUAACAGGCGUCGUGAAUUGAGACACGAGUUAGUUUUUUUUCUGUCCUAUUUUUCAUCCGCACAUGCUAAUUGGACCUUUUGA